AUGGUGAACCUAAGAGGUGUCCUUCCGCUUUCGACCAAACUGGUUUCAUCUAUCAACGAGUACUUUGAGUGUUAUGAAGCCCUGGAGUACGAAGAAUGGCUUUACAUGCUUUCUGACAUCCUCGAAGAGACCAUUGGCUACAGGGAGCUGUGCCAAGCGCUACUGCAGAUGCACGAAGACAUCUUGGUACCACUCAAAGAGAGAGAAUACCAGACCCGCUUAAUUAUAAAAGAAUUGAAACACCUACAAAGGGAGUUUGAAAGGAAGAGGAAAGAGUUAGAAGAAAAGGCAGGUUCAGAACGCUCCUGGGCGGUUGGACUUGCCUUUGUACCGAUUGUAAACAUGAUGGUAAGCCCUCUGUCGUUGGCUGCUGCUGAAGAAGAUUUGGCUGAAUCAGUUGCUAAAGGCUGCGAAGCACAAAUUCAAGAAGUUGCAGCCGCAGUCAGCAACACCCUGAUCCCUGCCUUGAAGGGCUUUAUAAGUGGUAUCUCCAGAGCAGCCGCUUUCUUCUCCGUAAUGGAACAGGAGUUAAAAGAGUUUGAAGGAAAAGCUGAGAAAAGCAUAGACGACGGCAAGAAUAUGUACUACAAAGUUAUGAAGGCACAAGCAACGAUAUGA